AUGGGAAAGCCUAACGGUAUCCGUACCGCCCGCAAGCUUCGCUCCCGCCGUAGGCUGCAGAAGUGGGCUGACAAGACCUACAAGAAGGCUCACUUGGGAACCAGAUGGAAGGCCAACCCGUUCGGAGGCAGCUCCCACGCCAAGGGCAUCGUCGUUGAGAAGCUGGGUAUUGAGGCUAAACAGCCCAACUCUGCCAUUCGUAAGUGCGUUCGCGUCCAGUUGAUCAAGAAUGGCAAGAAGAUCACGGCCUUCGUUCCUCGUGAUGGUUCGCUCAACUACAUCGACGAAAACGACGAAGUUUUGGUUGCCGGUUUCGGUCGUAGCGGGCACGCCGUCGGUGAUAUUCCCGGUGUCCGAUUCAAGGUCGUGAAGGUCGCUGGUGCUUCCUUGCUCGCGCUCUUCAAGGAGAAGAAGGAGAAGCCCCGCACGUAA